AUGCACGAGUCUGAAUUUGAUAAACUUGAGCCUUGCCGUACUUCAUUGGAGCAUGCAAAACGUCAAGUGACAGUUUCUUCUUUGUGUUUCGAUAUAUUAGAGCAUAAAGAGAAUAGAAUAAAAGGCUUGAAGCAGUGUUUCUUCAUGCGACGUAUUCAACCGGAAGUACAGUUUAGGUCGUCUAUCAGUUUUCCUCGCGCUUACACCCUUCAUGCUGGAAAAGUUGAAAUGUUCAUCAGUAAUGCAUGCACAAAUGCACAGAUGUGGAAACGUUUGCCCAAGUUUCCCCAACCCAUCCAUCAUAUUUAUCCAAAUCAUGGGGAAGAAGCCAACCUUUUCGCGCUAAAACUUCAUAAAUAA